UCCUCUAUCCGUCGAACGAGCAUGCGAGACAAAGCAAAGUUGUCAUGGAAGGAAGCUCGUCAGGAAGCAGAGACCUGUUCUCUGGUCGUGCCUACGGCAGACGGCGAUUCUGUAGAAGAGGUCGUGAAAACGCCAGUUUGGAUGACUGCUAUUGACGACUCUAACGGAGGUUUGAUUAUGUCCACCAACAAUCUUUCUGAGACUCCUCAUCCCCCUCUCGAUGCCCACCGGCGAUGGGUGGCACAAACCGCCAACUCCUUACCAUCAAACGUGCGCUCAAAGCCUUCUAAUACCCCACCGAGCAAAAGCAUUUCCGAUCCUUCUGUCGUUGAUGGUCCUCGAUUAUCCUCACAAAAGACGGAUUCGCUCAGUCGAAAGAGACCUAUGGAGUCGCCACAGUUGCGUCCACGCCUUACUUCACGGUUAGGCGAGUCGUUUGCACCCAACCGCGAUCUUAACGAAGCUCAGCCGACUACCCAAGCGCCAUCUCCACCAGCUCAUCAACAACCGGCUAUGGCUUCAGUGAAUGGCAUGGGCCAGACGAAUGUGCACCUGCAUAAUGCUUACUACCCUAUGGGACCCCAGCAAUCGCCAACGACAACCAAGGGCUGGUCGCAAAGGCGUAGACCACCGCACGUUCUCCUCUCCACUGGAGCAAAGCCUGUGGUUAGUACAACUCCUGGUGUUAUCGCCUCUCCUCUGCAGCCUGGUGCAAGUCUCACUCGACCACCGCUGAAGCGCGAUCUCCUUAUCAGCGAUUCAAGGAAGGUGGAGGAGAGCGGUUCCAGCAGCAGCGGAAAGUGCUGCGUCCUCAUGUAA